GGGCCGCCGGGAGCCGCUCCGGGCAAGGCCGAGCGGGCGGAGGCAGGCGGCGGGCUGGAGAGGCACGGCCCGGGUUCCUGCGUUCCGGCCUGGCCAUGGCAGCGGCGCCCCUGAAAGUGUGCAUCGUGGGCUCGGGGAACUGGGGCUCAGCCGUGGCAAAGAUAAUUGGCAAUAAUGUCAAGAAACUUCAGAAGUUUGCUUCCACAGUCAAGAUGUGGGUCUUUGAAGAAACGGUUAACGGGAGAAAACUGACAGACAUCAUAAAUAAUGACCACGAAAAUGUAAAAUAUCUCCCUGGACACAAGCUGCCAGACAAUGUGAUUGCAGUCUCAAAUCUCAACGAGGCCGUGCAGGACGCAGACCUGCUGGUGUUUGUCAUCCCUCACCAGUUCAUUCGUAGAAUCUGUGACGAGAUCACCGGGAGGGUGUCCGAGAAAGCGCUGGGAAUCACUCUCAUCAAGGGGAUAGAUGAGGGCCCCGACGGGCUGAAACUCGUUUCCGACAUCAUCCGCGAGAAGAUGAGCAUUGACAUCAGUGUGCUCAUGGGGGCCAACAUUGCCAGCGAGGUGGCUGCAGAGAAGUUCUGUGAGAGCACCAUCGGCAGCAAAGUAAUGGAGAACGGCCUUCUCUUCAAAGAACUUCUGCAGACUCCAAAUUUUCGGAUUACGGUGGUUGAUGAUGCGGAUACUGUUGAACUUUGUGGUGCUCUUAAGAACAUCGUAGCCGUGGGAGCCGGGUUCUGUGACGGCCUGCGCUGUGGAGAUAACACCAAAGCUGCAGUCAUCCGCUUGGGCCUCAUGGAGAUGAUCUCGUUCGCCAGGAUCUUCUGCAAGGGCCAGGUGUCCACAGCCACCUUCCUAGAGAGCUGCGGGGUGGCCGACCUGAUCACCACCUGCUACGGGGGCCGGAACCGCAGGGUGGCCGAGGCGUUUGCCAGGACAGGCAAGACCAUUCAAGAACUGGAGGAAGAGAUGCUGAAUGGACAGAAACUCCAGGGUCCUCAAACUUCUGCAGAAGUGUACCGCAUCCUCAAGCAGAAGGGACUGAUGGACAAGUUUCCGCUGUUUACUGCCGUGUAUCAGAUCUGCUAUGAAGGAAAACCUGUUCAAGAUAUGUUGUCUUGUCUCCAGUGCCACCCAGAGCACACAUAAAGUGAAUCAUGCAACGUGUCGGGGGAGGUACUGCCUUUCCGAUCAGUCUUUGGGGUUCAGAUGGAAGCCAGGACUUGGCAAGACGAUGUUUGCUUGACUGUAAUCCCACCAUGGAUGCGUAUGAAUUUUUACAGGUUCAUUUUUGAAUUGUGAGAGGCAGUUCGUUGGCUAAGAUAUACUACACAGCAGCUAAACACGCAUACGUACAUGUGCAAGGGUGUACUCACGUCUCGUUCUGCGGUAUCUCUGUGAACCACGUUAAAGAUCUUUUUUAAAAAUGUCUUUUGAAAGUUGCACACUGUGGUAGCCCGUAAGAUUGGAACUAUCCCAGCUAAGUUUUCUACAUCUGUAUGUGUUUGGGUGGGGGGAUUUUUUUUUCCCUCGUUCUUUUGAUGUUAAAAGGUAACCAGCACUGAGCUGAUGAAGCGGAGGAGAGAGUGUGUUUAAAGGUCAGCUUGCUGUAACUUUUAAACACUGUCUCCAAGCCAGCGUAAUUAACUAUUUUGAUUGUGGGUCGAUCUUUUUUUUUUUUUUUUUAACAAUUAGAUGUUUUAAAUUAGAUAAUCCACUUACGUAUUUUCUGCUCUGUGCAGUUUUCUGCCUUUUUAGCCUCUUUUCUCUUUAUUAGUUACCAGUGCAAUUUCAUCAAGACUCAGCAGCGGCAGAAGACCCAAAAGCUCAUCUGGGACUUUGCCGCUGUGAUUGACAUAUUCUUCGGGAUAACAACAGACACUUGUAUGGUGCUUUUUGUUAGGUAAUGCUUUUUUGCGGAUGUCUCUUUUAAGCCUUGCAAAUCCCCAGAGAGGGGGCUGCUGUUAUUCCUUUUAAGAUGGAGUCACGAUGCCUGGUCACCUGGUGAGGAGGGGUAGAGCCGGGGGUCAGGUCCAGCGCCCCUCCACCCCACCAAGGCGCCAGGCCUUUCUGAGAUGUCACCAGACUGAUGUGACCUCCCGUUAAAUCACUAUGGCACAUGCCACGUGCAGCCUUUUCUGUGGCCAAAGGAGGGCGUCCUGCAGCUCAGGCUGGUGUGGGCGGUUGUCUGGACCUGCAGUGCUCAAAGCAAGCUCAUGACUCAGCAGGCAGUGUCCUUUGGAGUCUGUUGGAAAUGCAGGUUCCCAGGUCCCGCCCCAGACCUGAAGCAGGGGGUGGGUAUCUCUACUUUAUCAAGGCUUCCAGGUGUUUCUGCUGGUCACUCAAAUUCAAAAACCACUACUUAGCCUAGAUUGGAAUUUCUCAAAUAGUGUUCCAUAGAAAACAGGUGUCCUGGGAUCCAGCGGGUGUUCCCUGGAAAGGUGAGUUUGAGGGAAGCUGUGUCUUUGCACCCGUUAAAGGUGUAGAACGCGCAUCAGUGUAUCAGUGGGAGCUGCUUAAUUCCAUCGAACCCAGCAAGUCCUGGACAUCCUAGACAAUGGCGUUUUUUGGCAACGGAACGUGUUCCGAGGACCGCAAUUUGGGAACACUGGUCUAGGCUAAGGGUGACCUCAGGACAGCUCAUGUGUGCCCUGCCUCCCUGUGAGAAACUAGGAUGAAUAACUGCCUGUGAUACUUUUGGUUCGGAACCUUUACGGUGUAGGGCUUUCAUGCAUCCUAGCUGAAGCUUUAAGGGGACUCCGUCAGGUCCAACCAUGUGAAUGUCAACCGGACUGAAGCUCACGCUAGGUGGGAUAAGUGCUUUAAUUCUAUGGUUAGAAUAGGGAUUGCUGCACUUUCUUAAAUGGGAUUGGUUUCAGGAUUGCAUUACACAGUCACCUUACAGAGCACUCGAUAAGUGUUAAAGGAACAUAAUGAAUGUCACAUGUGAAUUAUAUAUCCAUGGGUGUUCAGUCACUUUGUGAGAUUUUGAUCUUUUUUUUUUUUUCUUGUUUGGGAUUUUUUUUUUUUUCUUCUGUGCAUGAAACGAUUGUGGGUUAGAUUUUUUUUUUUUUGGUGGGAAUUAAAAAAAACCUAUCCAAAAUGUUUUGGGGUUUUUUUAAGUCCCAUACAUAGAAGGCUAUGAAAACGCACAAAAAUGCUAUGAAUUUCAGCCAUUUUAUUGCUACCGUUAAUCAGUUUUUGCUUGUCUGGUGGUAAACCUUUUUUUAAAGUUUGUAUAUAGGUGACACAAAGUGUUACUUUUUAAGAUACAUAAAGGGCUGUAAGCUAAUCGUGGUGUCUGUUAAGUAGGGUCAUUAGAUGUGAGGAAUUGGGAUUGUGUGUGUUUUGUAUAAUCUCAUCUGCAUUCAGCUUCCUCCUCUGGGUUUUAUACUUGAGUGUUUUUCCUUUACAAAUGCUGUUUUAACCACUGAAGUCUGUCGCCAGUACCUCUCGGACAUAGUUAUUAUAUUCUGCACAUUAUGGUAAAAGGCCAGUUUUACAAGUUUGCUCUGCUCACUGUGGAUAUUCUUUCCUCUACAAGUUAUCUAUUUUUAUAACCACCUGUAGUCUGUCAUUUGUUUUAAUUCACACUGCUUACUAAUUAUGGUAACAGAGAGGAAGGCAUUAGAAGAUUAGAAGCUUAAUUUGUACUGUUUCAGCCAAUCUGUGAAUGUAAAAACUACACGGUUGCCUUGCUGUACGCCAGCCUGCUGUAAUGUGGAACAGAUACCUGUCCUGAAGUCCAUUCUAGGAGGUGGAGUCAGAAUAAGCUCUUUCUGGUUUUUCAUUGGACGCUUGGCUUUAAUAUGGCCCUGUGGCAUCAGCUCAAGGAGGGUGCUGGGUGAGGCACCAGUGUGCAGAGGGAACUUUCGUUUUUCCACUACUUCUGAUCUGCUAGCCUUCUGCUUACAUGUGUACUGUAUUUGUUUACAGACUGUAGGUGGAUAUAUAAUGUAAAAGCUUGGUUUAAUAAACAUAUAAAGCCCUAAA